GCCGUAAAGUCUGGGUAGACCGAGGGAAAGGAGGGGCUGGAGCUGAAUGGAGCCUGGGUUGGCAAAGCUUACCCCCCUUCCUUUUUUAAAAAAAAAUUGGGGGUGUUUGAGAACAUUGCGUCACCUCUGAGAAAAGUCUGUGCUUACAGGAGUGUGUUUUGUGGGGAGGGAAAAUACCAUAAAGUAGCCAUCACCUUGUGGUUGUUGGAAUCCAGACUUGACUUUUGCAGCCCCGGGGAGGGGAAGCUUCUCCUGGGCACCGACUUGGGACCCCCUUUCUUUGCCUCCACCACAUCCUGCUCAGACCCCUGCCCCUCCAAGCGGUACCUGCCAGGUCCGGGGACAGCCGUCUGGGAAAGAGGAGCCAAUGGCCCAAGUGGUCCUUGCCCGCGCUUCUGCGAAGCCCGGGGAGUUGUGCGCGCGCUCCGCAGAAGUCUGGAAAUGCACAGGAGUUUCAGUGGAGAAAAAGCAACAGUUUCUUUUCUAAAACAUGCGACAAAAAUUUCCUUUCCUGGGAACAACGUGCGGGUUUCCAUCGGAAGGAACGGCGUGAACAGUUUGAGAAGCGGAAAGUGGAAGUGGCCGAGGAAGGAGACAAACCUUCUUGUCUGUGCCACGUUCACUUGUGCCACUACACCCCAAGCAGAGAGCUGGGUGGACUCUGGAAGACAGGGGCGGAGGUGGGCAGAAAGACCCUUCAGUCUCGCCUUCCUUCCUCCAGGCCCUCUAAGUUUAUCUGGCAUUUUCCUUUUGCAGACCUUAGUGUCAUCGCGAAAUUCCAUCACCCUCCCUCUCCCUCCGCCAGAUUUUUUCAUAUUUCAAGUGAUUUUUGCUCCAAGAAUGCACAAAGUUUCAUUUAAGAUUCUCCUGUCUUCCUCUCUACACUCAGAGGGUGGAACGGGAUCCCCGGACGUCUCCUGGACAUUCAGCAAUUUAUCACAUCGGGCCUUUUUUCAGACAUACGCAGCACAGCCGCUUUUGAAGGGCUCCAAAGUCAGAAGCACAGCGUUCAAACCAACAGAACUGCUUCCUCAGGUUAGGAGUACUCUUUUCUCAUUAAAAUGAUGUAACUCCCAAAGGCUUUGCAAAGGAGUCUAAUUCAUCCAGUCAAAUGGAAAUAACUACUGGGUAGCUGGACCACUUCACCAGAACUAUGUCGGAGAUGAUUUCUACCUCCCGAGACAGGCAGUGCUAGGUUGGGAAGUUUUUAUUUCUGUGUGUUGUUGAUUUUUUUUUCCAGUUGUUGGCAGCAUGAUUUUAUGUCCAAUUUUAUUUUAUGUUGCAAUUUGUUUUGAAAGAUUGACUUUUUUAAAAAACUGAAAGAUUUUUUUUUAAUAUUUAAAUCAUUUUCAGGGUUAUUUUUUUCUUUUACAAUCACAUACUUUAAACUUCUCAUGAGUAAUUAGGAAGGUUGAAUCAGAUGCUUAAAAAUGACCAUGGAUAUUAUGCUUUAAAUAAAG